GAAAGCCAGCUCGGAGGUGGAACGGCAACGCUGGGUCACCGCCUUAGAGCUGGCCAAGGCCAAAGCCGUCAAGAUGCUGGAGGAAUCAGGUACAGCCCCCAUGUGAGCCGGCGUGUGUUCCCCCAGGCCUCCGGAGCCAAGCAGCAUGCAUCAGCCCCCUGCUAUGCCCACAUGGGUCCUGCUUCUUGGGCCUAGGGACUGUUUUGCCCCUCCACAGAACAUGACCCCACAUUCCCUCCCUGUUGCCAAGCUCCCUUUGCUCGCUGCUAGCGAGCAACCUGCUUUUUCCCGUCCAUCUCCCCUGCCCGGUUGGGGUGCUGUGCAGGGACGGCAUCGCAGCACAUGGCCCGGGGUGCUGGCAACCGCUCCCCAAGCAGGAUUUGGAAGGGGUGGCCGCGUCCAUCCACGUGUGAGCUCGGCAGCUCUGUCCUGCCUGCUGCAGCCGUGCCAGCGUGGAGCUGGCUUUCCUGCUGUCCGGCUCCAGCUUGAGGAGUUGCCAGCAGCCUGGCACAUGCUUCCUCGCUAGCGUGACUGCUCGUGCACCAGGAGAUUGGCCAUCUGCUCCGAGCUGCUGCUCUCUGCUGUGACAUCGCCGUCCAGGAUGCCAUGGUGGUGGCCGGGAGCACCCCAUGUGUGGCUUCCAGCCCCCAGAGAGUGGGGGGGGGCUCCUGUGGUGCCCAUCCUGGCAGCCCCGUGGUCAGAGCCUGGUGUGGCUCAGAGGGCAGGUGCUCUCGCUGCUCCCAGCCCGCAGCUUCCCCUUCUUCCCCAUCUCCUGGGAGGAGAGAGGCCCCAUGGGGCCACGCGAACAUCCCUUCCUGCUGGCAGAUGACUCCGGCGACGAGUCAGUAUCGCAGACGGAUAAGACGGAGCUGCAGAGCACGCUGCGCACCCUGUCCAGCAAGGUGGAGGAUCUGAGCACCUGCAACGACCUGAUUGCUAAGCACGGCACAGCCCUGCAGCGCUCCCUCAGCGAGCUGGAGACCCUCCGGCUGCCGGCUGAGAGCACCGAGAAGAUCAAGCAGGUGAACGAGCGAGCCACCCUCUUCCGCAUCACCUCCAAUGCCAUGAUCAACGCCUGCCGGGAUUUUCUGAUGCUGGCCCAGACCCACAGCAAGAAGUGGCAGAAAUCGUUGCAGCACGAACGGGACCAGCGCAUCCGGCUGGAGGAGACGCUGGAGCAGCUGGCCAAGCAGCACAACCACCUGGAGAGGGCCUUCCGCGGCGCUACCGUCCUGCCUGCCAGCGCGCCUGGCACCGGCGGCUCCACCAAAGAUCCGUGCUGCCCUGCAAAAGGAGACCUGAGUGACGAGGAUGAUGACAACGAGUUCUUUGAUGCCCCAGAGAUCAUCACCUUGCCGGAGAGCAUGGGCCACAAGCGCACCGGCAGCAACAUCAGUGGCACCAGCAGCGACAUCAGCCUAGAUGAGCAGUACAAGCACCAGGUAGAGGACACCAAGAAGGAGAAGAGAACCCGCAUCCCCUACAAACCCAACUACAGCCUCAACCUCUGGAGCAUCAUGAAAAACUGCAUUGGGAAGGAGUUGUCCAAGAUCCCCAUGCCGGUGAACUUCAACGAGCCCCUGUCCAUGCUGCAGCGUCUGACUGAGGACUUGGAGUACCACGAGCUGCUUGACCGGGCGGCCAAGUGCGAGAGUUCGUUGGAGCAGCUGUGCUACGUGGCCGCCUUCACCGUUUCGUCCUACUCCACCACCGUCUUCCGCACCAGCAAGCCCUUCAACCCCCUCCUGGGGGAGACCUUUGAGCUGGAUCGCCUGGAGGAGAACGGCUACCGCUCCCUCUGCGAGCAGGUGAGCCACCACCCACCGGCCGCUGCCCACCACGCCGACUCCAAGCACGGCUGGACGCUUCGCCAGGAAAUCAAAAUCACCAGCAAGUUUCGGGGCAAAUACCUCUCCAUCAUGCCUCUGGGUACCAUCCACUGCGUCUUCCACUCCUCCGGCAACCACUACACGUGGAAAAAGGUCACGACCACCGUGCACAACAUCAUCGUGGGCAAGCUCUGGAUAGACCAGUCGGGUGAAAUCGAGAUUGUCAAUCACAAGACGGGCGACAAGUGCAACCUCAAGUUCGUUCCUUACAGCUACUUCUCACGGGACGUGGCAAGGAAGGUCACCGGGGAGGUGACAGACCCCGCGGGGAAAGUGCAUUUUGUCCUGUUGGGCACCUGGGAUGAGAAGAUGGACUGCUACAAGGUGACGCUGGGCGCUGGGGACAACGGAGCGGAAGGGCGGCAGAGGGCCCACGAGGCCGAGGACAGCCGGGUGCUGCUGUGGAAGAGGAACCCGCUCCCGAAGUACGCAGAAAAUAUGUACUACUUUUCGGAGCUGGCGUUGACGCUCAACGCCCCGGAGAGCGGCACGGCGCCCACGGACAGCCGUCGGCGCCCGGACCAGCGCCUGAUGGAGAACGGCCGCUGGGAUGAGGCCAACGCCGAGAAACAACGACUGGAGGAGAAGCAACGUAUCUCCCGCAAGAGACGCGAAGCCGAGGCCGCCAGGGCCACCGAGGACGGUAAGGAAGGGACGAGUGACCCCCUAACCCGCUCCCUACCUGGGACCAGCACUGGGUGGUCACAGGUGAAAAGGGGUCCUGCCCCACGGCUGCCCCCCCUGCCCCGUGUCACCGUCCCAUUGCAGCAAUAA